UUUCAAACCAGAGCUGCAGCCUCCCCGGCUGAGUCUGCCCUCGUCGCGCUGGGGCUCGCCCCGGAGUCGGACGCAGCUGCCCGCGGGGGGAGUCCCGGGGUGGGGGGCGACCCGCCCCACCGACCCGGCUGCUUCGGAACUUCCUCCCUCCCUCCCCGGCUCUGCCCGGGCCAUGGGCGACGAGCCUGGGUAAGUGAGGGGGCGCCGGGACCCGCCGGCUGCAGCUGCGCCCCGGAGCCGGGCGCGGGGCUAUGGCGAGCGCCCGGCUGCCCCUGGCGCACGGCUGAAGACGCGUCGGGAGAGGACCGGGUCCGUCCGUCGCUGGAGCAGACAGACCGGCUCCAGGUCCCCAGAGUGAAGGGAAAUUUCUGAAAUGCAGAAAUGCUUGUUUGUAGCUGCAAAUGGGAAUUUGGAAUAACUGUGAAAAUCGCACUGAAAUAAUUGUGUUUGACUGGAACAAAAUUCUUGCAAAGUCCCCAAGGAUGAGAUUCUGUGCCAAAUCAAUGCUUCUAUCUCACUGGCUCUUUCUGGUCUAUGUGUUAAUGGCGUGCUGUAAAUUGUUGUCCGCUUCUAGCCACCAUCCCCGAGGGCACACAGGCCACCACCAAGUCAAGCAAGGGACGUGUGAAGUCGUCGCAGUGCAUCGUUGCUGCAAUAAGAACCGAAUUGAAGAACGGUCGCAAACAGUCAAGUGCUCUUGCUUCCCGGGGCAGGUGGCUGGAACAACAAGGGCACAGCCCUCUUGCGUCGAAGCCUCCAUUGUCAUCCAGAAGUGGUGGUGUCACAUGAACCCUUGCCUAGAUGGAGAGGACUGUAAAGUACUACCGGACUAUUCAGGUUGGUCUUGCAGCAGUGGAAAUAAAGUCAAAACCACAAAGGUAACACGGUAGCAAAGGAUAAACCUAUGUGUCAUUGCUGGAACAAUGGGAUUUGCAGCUGCGUGGCUUGUCUGUUUUACAUAGUCCUGUUUUUUUCUGAGAAUACUGUAGACUUUACACUUCAAACUUACAAAAUUAGUGAAAAAGAAGGACAAUACUUCUCUUUUUGACUAUGGUGGCACUUCUUGAUACAGGAUUUUCCCAUGCAGAACUAUACACUUUUAAUUAAAAAAAAAGAAAAAAGAAUUAUGAGUCUACUGAAAAUACACCUUGGAUUCUCCAGGAUCCUAUACCUGCAAGCAAUUCAUAGAAACAGAGACCUGUGCUUCUGAAGCACAUCAACUAUAAGACUUUAUUUACGGCACUGAAGGCUGUGAAAUCAUUUAAACGAUUUUAGAUCUUUCAAGUAGCUUGGGGAAAAAUGGUUACAUUAGAAAGAACUGGCAUAAAUUCAUUAGACGGUACCAUCUAUCAUGCAGUACAAUGGACCAAUGUAAAGCUGGUCUAAAAGCUAAAUGAACCUAAGGGAUAAUGGUAAUAAACCAUGUCUCAAUGCAUUUUCAGCUGUGAUUUAGUAAAUAUUGAUACUGUAUGAAGGUGAAAAAAUGACUCUCGUAAAUCAGUAGCAUUUAGUGUAUGCCAUACUUUUUUACAAGCUGUGCAAUUAUAUUUAUUUCCUUAGAUAGUUCCAGGUAUUUUAAAUUUUACAUUCAUAAGUGGCAGUGAGGGAAUGUGGGGAAGAGACUAAAUCUGAAAGUAGAUAUAGAUUUUAUUGUCCUAAAUAAAUCCGUUCUCUAAGGGAAUAACAAAGUAUAAAUAUUCCUUGCCUCUUUGAUUCCAGAUAUGGAAGAGAAUUUAGCCAUUAGCUAGAAAUAUUUAUUCAGAUGCUUCAAAACAAGAGAGGAAACUAGAACUGCAUAAGGAAAGCUUACUGGAAGAAGGGUAAUUUGUUUAGAUUUUCAUAGCGUUGGCUAUAUUCUAAUAGGUAACUGACUUAAAAUUCAUAAGUCCUAGAUAAAAAAAAGGAUCUUCACUUUCAAUUAGUUCUAGUUUAUAAUGAUUAUAAUAAUUAAGUGUCCAGUUCCUUGACAGACUAAAUUUUCAAGCUGAUACACUUUGUGACACAUAAUUGUUUCAUAUUAUUUUAGAUGUAUCUCAUUCUGUUUUUCUUCCUUGCCUGACUGUUACACUUUUUUUUUUUGUCAUCAGACUUCAUAAAUAGAACUGUAAAAGGAAGUGCGGUUGCAGCCAGUCAUUUCAUGGUUCCAUCAUUUUAUGGCUUAAGAUGCAUUGGAAUAGAAUUAAAUGCAAUGAUGCUGACAGAUCUCAUGCAGAUUAGCUGCUAACCCAGCUAUUGAAUACAUUGUUAUGCUUUAUGUAAAUAUUACAGUAAUAACAUACAACUGGUUUUUUAUAUAUCCAGAAAUGCCAAAAAAUGGAGACUGUUGCACUAAUUUAGUUCGCUGUGCACAAGCUUUCUAGCUUAUGGGGAAAAUAUCGUCAACAAUGUGAAGCUGUUUAGUUUCUUUUGUUGCAGUGAGUAUAAAUAUUGAUCCAGUCUUACUCCCAUGGAAAUCAAUGGCAAAACUCCCUUUUGAUUCCCGUGGGAGGAAGAGCAGGCCCUAUAUUUUGAUUUUGAUUUCUCACUUUUAAUUAUGUACUUUGAUCACCGCUGGGACCAUGGUGGCUAUUGUAUUUGUUAAUAAGUAAAUGAGAAUUUUUCUGCUA